UAAUAUUUUUAUAGAAAUCACCCGUCUAAUUAAUCCUCCCUUGUUUAAAUGCACAACGGUGACUGACUUUAAUAUUGAGUACAGAAGAAAAUUCCCAAAUUACCCCAAAACCUGUUUAUGAAAUAAAUACACACCUCAACUCUCAACAAAUAAACUAAUUAACAAACGAAAAGCAAGAAAAAUAAUUGAAGAAAUGAGGUCCAAAGUUGAGGGAUGGGCAGGAUCAGAAAGGCUUCAAACCUUAGCGAACCACUUCCGUCCCUCCAAACCGCCUCAACUAACUAACUUCCCAAGGAGAGCGGCGGUUCUGGUAUGUAUUUUUCAAGGCGACAGCGGCGAUCUGCGAGUCAUUUUGACCAAACGAUCCUCUAACCUCUCAACUCACUCAGGGGAUGUUGCGCUGCCCGGCGGGAAAGCUGACGAGGGGGAUGCCAAUGAUGUGGAGACGGCCUUGCGUGAAGCUCAUGAGGAGAUUGGCUUGGACCCUUCCCUCGUCAAUGUUGUUACCGUUCUUCAUCCUUUUUUCACUAAGAUUGGUUUGCCAGUAGUUCCUGUAAUUGGAGUACUUUCAGACAAGAAAGCAUUUAUUCCAGCCCCAAAUGCAGCAGAAGUAGAAGCAGUAUUUGAUGCUCCCUUGGAAAUGUUUCUUAAGGACGAAAAUAGAAGAGCAGAGGAGAAGGAGUGGAAGGGACACAAGUACUUGUUACAUUACUUCGAUUUUGAAGCAGAAAGUAAGAAGUUUGUCAUCUGGGCUUUAACGGCUGGAAUUUUGAUUGAAACAGCCUCACUUGUGUACCAGCGGCCACCUGCAUUUCUUGAGCAGAGGCCUUAUUUCUGGAAUGGCUGUGCUGACGAACAGACUGUGAUGCCUUAAGACUCAAAGUCAAAUAACAUUGUAAUGUUAACUUUUCUCAUGUACUAUUGCUUAAUUUCAUAAUCAAUGGAAGAUGUAUGUAUGUAUGGAUAAUAAAUAACAAAAAUAAUAAAAACUCAACUCAAUCUUUUGACCAUUAUUAGGGCUUGUUA